AUGGAUGAGGAUGAGUGUACUUCACUAUCUUCUGGGGAUGAAUUUUAUGCAAGCACGGGGGGUUCUCAAGAGGGGCCAGAGCUGAUUGGACCACAGGAAGCUGUCGAGAGUGAAAGACCUGCUCCAGGUGACCAAGAUUUAGACUCUCCUCAAGAAUCAGAGUCCUCAGGGGGCAACAGUAGCAGCAGUGCGCAAGAUUGGUGGCCCCAGUCCAGUGCAGGGAGCGGCCAAGCCGGUUCAGAAGAGUCGGGGGAGCAUUCCCCAGGCCACAAAGAAAACUCUCUGCCUAAAAAGAAGCCGAUGCGGUUAAUUGGCGAGGGGGACGGUGUGGAGGGGCCUCCAGAUGCGACGCUGCCAAUACUCAGCCGGAACUAUUGGCUCAACAUUCUCUACAUCAUACCUGAGCAGCUCGCUGAAGCUCUGGAGAACAAGAAGAGCAAGACGGAGAUUCUUGACGUGCAGAUUGGUGUUCUUGCCUGGAUACCUUCUUUAGAGGUCUGGAAGCAAUUGUCGUCUAGCGGAGAGUCUGUUGUCAUGGAAUCGUUUUUGCUGGACGAAGAUACGUUGAAAAGCGGGGACAAGGCUCACUUGCCAGGUUAG